CACAAGCCAGCUGGAGAGAGAGUUUUGCCGCUCGUUUCCCUCCAGUAAGCUCCCCCUUUUUUAAACUCACAGACUCAAGUUAUAGUUCUUGAAGUCUCUUCACUUCUUUCUCGGAGGGACACCGACUGCAGACGUGGCGGCAGAACAGUCGUCAGACAUGCAGACAGAGCUGGAGGACGAGGAUGAUGCGUCCCGUGAUGGGGAGUACGUUGCCCUGUCAGAUUUUACUGGAAGCGGCGGCGACCAGCUUAGUUUUAAAUCUGGAGACAAACUACUCGUACGUGCCAAGCCAUCGCCAGAGUGGUGGUGGGCAGAACUGCGGGGGGUUAUUGGUUAUGUUCCUGCCAGUUAUCUGCGCCUGGAGGAGGUGGUGGAGGAGGAGGACACCUCACUGGAAGAUCCAUGGCAGGAUGAAGAAUACUACGGCAGUUAUGGGACACUGAGGCUUCACCUGGAGAUGCUGUCAGACGCGAGUCGCACUGAGACGUACCGGCAGGUUAUUCUCAGCAACAGUGCUGCCCUGAGGAAUAAAGUGGUGAUGGACCUCGGCUGUGGGACCGGCAUCAUCAGCCUUUUCUGUGCUCAGCUGGCACAGCCCUCAGUGGUGUAUGCUGUGGAGGCCAGCUCUAUGGCAGAGUACACCAGACAGCUGGUGAAGCAGAACAGCUAUGAGGAGGUGGUCACUGUGGUCCAGGGCCGAGCUGAGGAGGUCGAGCUGCCGGAGCAGGUGGACGUCCUGGUGUCUGAGUGGAUGGGGAACUGCCUCCUGUUUGAGUUCAUGGUAGAGUCCGUCCUGCUGGCCAGGGACCGCUGGCUCAGAGAUGGCGGCGUGAUGUGGCCCUCCUCCGCAGCCCUCACCCUGGUGCCUUGUCAGGCAGACAGCUAUUACUCAGAGAAGAUGGCCUUCUGGGAGCGGCCCUAUGGCCUAGACUUCACCCCUCUUCAGCCUUUGGCACAGCAGGAGUUCUUCACCAAACCCAAGUUCAGUCACCUCAUUGAGCCGGACGACUGCCUGACUUCUCCCUGUGACGUCAUCUACCUGGACAUGUACACUUUGCAAGUCACAGACCUGGAGGAAAUGAAGGGCGAGUUUCGCUUUUGCGUGGACAAGUCUGGUGUUUUUCAUGGAUUCACCGCCUGGUUCACUGUUCACUUUGAGAGCCUGGAGGCAGGAGGUGCAGCCGUGGAGCUAAACACAGGACCCAACUCUGAUCCAACACACUGGAAGCAGACUCUGUUCAUGCUAGACAGGCCGGUCAGUGUCUAUGCCGGAGACUCCAUCAGUGGAACCAUCGUCCUGCACAGGAACCCCGUCUGGAGACGCCACAUGACCGUUACCCUGCACUGGAAUAUUAACAGCAGCACGGAAGAUACAGACAACUGCCAGGUUGGGACAAAGAGUUUCCCCAUGUGGAGGUGACAGUCUCCCAAUCAUUAGAUCCACAGGAAACCAGUCUAAUGCUUCCUCUGUGCAGCAGUGAGCUUUUGUUGACCGGGAAUGAAACAUGAAUAUGACGGUCGAAGGAGAGUCGCCUAGUAUGGACGUGUGGGAGUCUCUUGGUACACCUGAUGGCUACGGGCCCAGGUGAUGCACCGUAACAUGCUACAAGAGCAUGUUCACAGAGGAGAACCCACCUACUCUGACUUAACUUUACUCACAGGGAUCAUUUGUUUAAGCCAGUGUUGAAGAUGACUGACAAUGCUAACAUCAAACUAUUGUUCACUGAUGUGUUUUCACUCCUGGGGUCCAACUGAAGCGACGAUGAGAACGCCAGAACAUGUUUUUAGCUUUAUUUUAAUGUGCAUAUUGUUCAACAAUAAGCAUUUUAAGUACAUCCUUAUUUGUACAUACAUGCCAACAGGCUUGUAUCCAUUUAGGAAAACAACAGCUUAAUCAUGAUUUAAAAUGGUUUCAGAUAUUAAACUUUUUUUUUUAACACUGA